AGGCGUGCCUGGCCGCCAGAAGAUGAACUGCAUCCGCCAACCCGUGCCGCCAAGCGUCUGUUUACCCCGGACAUCAAGCGAAUGUUAAAGGAUUGGCUUAUCCGACGCCGAGAGAAUCCGUAUCCUAGUCGGGAAGAGAAAAAACAACUGGCAGCUGAGACUGGUCUAACAUAUACCCAGAUCUGCAACUGGUUUGCCAACUGGAGGCGAAAAUUAAAGAACUCGGAGCGGGAAAAGGCCAAGAAGUCAUGGGGUCAUCUAAUCAAAAAUUAUAACCACAAUGCCCGAGGAAAUGUUGAGCAGUUUAGCAUCUCAUCGGAGGACAGUAUUUGGGAGGAGGAGAUGCGCUCCUGUCCAGCGGAGGAUGAAGACAACUACUACGAUGAUGACGAGUUGUCCAGUCACAGCACUGGCAGCGAUGGAAAUGCUAACAAUGCAUCCACCUCCGCGUACAAGCCCAACUUUUAUGUGGAAUCUGCGGAUUUGGAAGAAAGGAUACCCCUUUUGACCACUGUGGCUGCGGGAAAAGCCAAGUAUAAGCACCAGAUGAUGGAGAAGUACCUGCGCGAUAGCUCUACAGUGGAGGACGAAGUCCCUAAGCCUGCAACUCAACUUAAUAAGUGGCUGGAAAGUGCAGCCAAGUUCACACCCGAUCGAAAUAACUAUCACAUUGAGUGGAAUACAAACAGACAAAAAUUGAAUGGCAAUAAUGGGCAGGAUCGACAUAACCAGAGUCAAGUAAUCUUCACCAGCGAUGCAACGGCAGCGGCGGCGCUCGAUGAUCGCUGGAUGCUUCACCACAAGGAUGAGCUCGAUGCCGCUGAAGCUCUGGCCAAUAUGGCCUUCAAUUGUAGGCAACGCUGGCACCAUCAAACCACCACGAUCAGCUCCUGAGCACCACCGAAGAG